AUGAGCGCGCGGCGCGCCACCCGCACCGCCGUCGGCCGCGCCCGACGUGCCGUGGCGACCGCUGACCCCGAUUCCGAAGAAGCGGUGCGCAGUGCCAUGAGCAUGCUCGACGUGGCAGUCCGCAAAGGCAUACUGCACAAGAACAACGCUUCCCGUCGGAAGGGUCGCUUGGCCGCAGCGCUCAAUCGCUCCCGCGCCGGCUAG